UACGUAAGAUGAUUAUUUUUGUCCAUACAGAUACCUAAUUUACUAUAAACACCUGUGCAAUCUCAUUAAUUUAUUUUAGUAGUAAUAAAAGGAGCCGUGUUUGUUACAGUUAGCAGUUACAGUCGUGAUGAGACCGUUAUUAAUUCUAAUUUCAAACUGGAUUUUAAAAUAGUGAAAAACUGAUUUGGAACACAUUUGGGGAGCGUCAGCCACGCCGUUUUCGUGUUUUGAUUGAAGGUUAGUUGAUCACCCGAGCGAUUCCGUAACUGGCCGAGGAUUGCCGAAUCAUCUGUCCUGCCCGGACUGCUGGAAGCGGCCGCAACGCCAUGUUGGCGAAGUCUCUCAUCUAUGUGCGAAAAAAAUGAUAGAAAACACACUUGCCGAGAAGAAAAGGUAGAUCGCCGAGGGAGGUUGAAGAUCGCGGCGAUUGUUUUUUUUUUUAAACAGAAACGAACCGAGCCGGAUCCGCAGAGGUUCCGGACGGGUGAGGGAGGCUAAACCUCCCACCGUCCCCAUGAAUAGCACCGCUGAUCCUAACAGCGACUUUCCAUGAAAAAAGACGUUUGUGUUGCUAUUCGAGCUUCGUUAUCCCAGUUCGUUAAAGGGAUUUUGGGGCCUGCUUCAAGAAUCCGCAACGCUUGCUCUAUGUAUGCAGGCUAGGCGCUGUUUGCAUCAGUAUUUAUUAAGAUAUUGUUUUUAUUUGUUAUUGAUUUUUUUGCGAUGAGUUUGCCACCGAAAGUGGUCCCCAAACCCGCCGCUGUCGCAGUUAGCGGACCUGGAAGUGGCCCCUCUCCGUCGAGCCAACUGCGGGCUACCCUGACCUCCGUGUCUCUGCCGCCGGGAGCCCCAACUGCUCCUCAGCCCGGCGCUGUUCAGCCACCCCAGUAUCCUUUGACAAUCCCACGGGUUCAGCCAUCACUGGACGAACGAAUCUUCCCUACACAGCCUGGAGUCGCUGCAGUCUACAGCGUGUCCAGGCAUGGUCCUUCUUACCCUGCUCACGACAUCACAAAGGGACACACUAAUUUGCCGGGCACCCCGCCUGGUCAUGCCCAUUCCCCGGCGCUCUCUCAGGUAUCAGUACCCACAGCUUCCCCAUAUCGCUACCCUAAGGGCUGGGAGGCAGGCGGAGGGUCUCCAUACAACCCUGGGCAAAAUGCUGGCUCCGCACCUUUAGUGUACUCUCCCCAGACGCAGCCAAUGAAUGCACAGCCACAGAGUCGCCCGUUUGCUACGGGCCCUCGACCAACCCACCAUCAGGGAGGAUUCAGGCCCAUCCAGUUUUUUCAGAGGACUCAAAUGCAGCCUGCAAGGCCCACCAUCCCGACGAACACGCCCUCGAUACGGCCUGGCUCACAAGCUCCCACAGCAGCCGUCUACCCCACUAAUCAACCAAUAAUGAUGACCAUGGCACCCAUGCCUUUCCCUUCCCCCCAGGCUGCACAGUACUACAUCCCACAGUACCGCCCCAGUACACCCUACGUGGGACCUCCUCAACAGUAUUCUGUACAGCCCCCAGGGUCUGGCACCUUCUAUCCUGGACCAGGGCCAGGAGAGUACCCAGCCCCAUAUCAUCCCCUCAGGUACCACCCACCUGUCUCACCCUCUGUCCCUGCUCCCGUUCCCACAGCUGGUCCACCCUACUUCCCAGGACAGUCUGUUUACCCCCCGUCACCCCCUAUCAUAGUGCCUACACCACAGCAACCUCCACCAACCAAGCGUGAGAAGAAAACAUCCUCCCAGAUCCGUAUCCGUGACCCCAAUCAGGGUGGCAAGGAUAUCACAGAGGAGAUCAUGGCAGGGGGUUCAGGGAGCAGGAAUUCAACGCCUCCUGUCGGCCCCCCCUCCUCUACACCAACCCCACCACAGUUUUUAUGGCCGCACCCUCAUUAUCCUCACAUUUUCUACCUCAAAUCGCAGCAGCCGAGCAGCAGCCAGACUCCGGAGCAGCAGCAGCAGUCGCAGCCUCAGCCUCCUCCACAACAGCAAACCCAUCCUGGAAGCUACACGUUGGAGUCACCACAACCACCGCAGUCCCAACAGUCUCAACAGCCCCAGCAGCCACAGCAGCCGUUGACAGCUGUGGCUUCAGACACCAAACCAGGGCCAGAUGACUUGCCAAAAUUGGAGCCAGUUGCCCAGAAGUCUUCCUCACCUGGGCUUGUGCAGCCUGACGCUCCCUUGGAGAGACUGGAGGCCAACACUCCUGCAUCUGAGCCCUCUCCUGCUCCCGAGCCCGAGCUUCCCUUCCCUGCUUCUCUGGCACGGCCCGUCACUCUCCCAGUUGCAGUCGCCAACACUAGUGAACGUCCCUCAGCCAGGGAGUCCACUACUUCAGCAUCUUCUCACAGCGCCUCCUCCUCUGCUGGGGAGAGCAAGCCCUCUUCGGCACCACCUCAGAUGCCCAACACAGACAAGCCUCUUUUAGAUGCCCCACGAACUUUAGCUGCCUCUCCAUCGCUGGCUCCCAAGGCUUUGAACGGCCUUGCAGACUCUGGGACUGAGCUGGACACUCAAGCUCAUGAGCCUUCUCUCCAGUCCCAGGCAUCUGCUCCUGCUUACAGAGAGCUCUCCUCCUCUCAAACGUUGCCCUCUGAUGUGAGGCCAGAGGUGCCCAUUGCUGCUACGCUCUCCCCUAUGGCACCUGUGGCUGUGGUGCCAGUCACCCUGACCUCAAGCCCCGUCCCAACUCUGCCAGUUAUGCUCCCUCCUGGCCUUCCGCCUCUAGUGCAGGCCACAGCGGAGGCUGAUGAGCUGAGCAAGUCCUUAGACACUAAAGACCUCAUCUCUAGAGGAGGGGCAGAGGCACACGUUGGUGUUACUGACAGCAAAACAGAGUCCCAGCAACAAGCACUCACCAGGAAGAGUCCUAUUACGGGUAUUAAUCAGACUGCUUCUGCAAUACCAAAGACCCGGAGAAAACCAAAUGAAGGGACCUCUACUGGAGAUGCACCUCAAAAUGUGGAUGAGGAUGAGUCUAAACCAGUAGAUCAGCCUGCUGGAGACCAGGCUGUGCAGUCAGCUCCUCUGAGCAGCAGCCCAGCACCCCUACCAUCAGCCUUCACCUCUACCCCUGCUCCUGCUUCUGGUAGCAGUCCAGAAGCUGAUGGAAAGCCCACUGCUCCAGAGGAAAAUGGUGAAGCAGAGUUGGAGCCAAUCAGGAACGGAGCAGGCCACACCUCGGAGACGGAGAGCAGCGACAGUGGAGCCACCCCUGGAGACAAGGAGAACUCCACCGGAGCUCCUCCAGACAUGGAAGACCUGACUGAACCCAGUGGGAAACGUCAGUAUAACAGAGAGUUUCUGUUGGGCUUCCAGUUCAUGCCUGCCUGCAUACAGAAGCCUGAAGGGCUCCCACCGAUCAGCGAUGUGGUGCUGGACAAGAUGAACCAAAACAAGCUGCCGUCCCGAGCGGUGGAUUCCAGGGUGAUUUCCAGAGGACCCGAUUUCACACCUGCUUUCGCAGAUUUUGGGAGACAGAUGUCUGGAGGACGAAGCUCUGCGAUAAUGAGCAUUGGGCAACGACGGCCUCCACCCAGGAAGAUCAUCAUGAACGUGGUGGUGAAUGAUGAUGUUCAGCUAAAAAAAUCAGAGAAUGCCUGGAAGCCUGGCAUGAAGAGAGAGAGUCUCGCAGAGGAUCCAGAGAUUCAGAGGACACAGGAGCUCUUCAGGAAAGUACGGAGCAUCUUGAACAAGCUGACGCCUCAGAAGUUCAACCAGUUGAUGAAGCAGGUAACAGACCUGACCAUCGACACAGAGGAGAGACUCAAAGGCGUCAUCGACCUGGUCUUCGAGAAGGCCAUCGAUGAGCCCAGCUUCUCCGUGGCUUAUGGAAACAUGUGCCGCUGCCUCGCCACGCUCAGAGUGCAGAUGACAGACAAACCCAACACGACAGUGAACUUUCGCAAGCUGCUGCUAAAUCGCUGCCAGAAGGAGUUUGAGAAAGACAAGGUGGACGAUGUGGUGUUUGAGAGGAAACAGAAAGAGCUGGACUCUGCUGCAUCGGUGACUGAGCGUGAGCGGCUUCAGGAGGAGCUUGAGGAAGCAAAGGACAAGGCCCGGCGGCGUUCAAUCGGCAACAUCAAGUUCAUUGGUGAGCUUUUCAAGCUCAAGAUGUUGACAGAGGCCAUUAUGCAUGACUGUGUAGUCAAGCUGCUCAAGAACCACGAUGAGGAGUCCUUGGAGUGCCUGUGCAGGCUGCUCACCACCAUUGGCAAGGACCUCGACUUUGAAAAGGCAAAGCCCCGGAUGGAUCAAUAUUUCAAUCAGAUGGAGAAAAUCGUCAAGGAGAGGAAGACUUCAUCUCGGAUACGGUUCAUGCUACAGGACGUUAUAGACCUGAGAUUGCACAACUGGGUUUCCAGGAGAGCUGACCAGGGCCCGAAAACAAUUGAGCAGAUCCACAAAGAGGCUAAGAUUGAAGAGCAGGAAGAGCAGAGAAAAGUGCACCAGCAGCUGCUCUCCAAGGACAGCAAGAGGCGGUCAGAUCCACGAGAUCAAAGAGAUCAGCGUGGGCAGAGAGAAGAGACCUGGAACACUGUGCCUAUGACGAAGAACAGCAGGACCAUCGACCCCAACAAGAUCCCAAAGAUCUCCAAGCCUCAGAUGGAUGAGAAGAUCCAGCUCGGCCCACGGGCUCAAGUCACGUGGGUGAAGGGCAGCAGCGGAGGAGCCAAAGCCAGCGACUCAGACCUGUCACGGACAACUGGCCUGAACCGUUACUCUGCACUGCAGCCGACACUCUCACCUCAGCCCUCCACUACACCUCCCCAGAACCCAGACUAUGACUCCAGGAGAACUCUGGGAAGUCGUGCCAGUACAGGCAGAGAGCGCAGCGACAAGCCACUAAUCUCUGCAGCGCCAUCAGCACGGCCCGGACCGUUCAUCAGGGGAGGAAGUUCUAAAGAGCUGCUGGAAAGUCCGAACCCAGAGGAGCCGCGAAGAGACCGUGAGCGAGAGGGAGCCGAGCCCCGGAGACCGAGUGUCACUGAGGACAAAACGGAGAUGGAGCGCAGUAGAGUCAGGGAGCCUGUGAAACCUGAGCCAGUGGUCCAGAUCCCAGACAGACCAGCCCUGUCUGAGGAGGAGAUCGAGAGGAAGUCUAAGUCUAUCAUUGACGAAUUUCUACACAUAAACGAUUACAAGGAGGCUAUCCAGUGUGUGGACGAGCUUGACUUGGGCUCCCAGCUUCACAUCUUUGUGCGCGUUGGGGUGGAGUCGACCCUAGAGCGCAGUCAGAUCACGCGGGACCACAUGGGCCAGCUCUUCUUCCAGCUGGUGCAGCAGGGAACCGUGCCCAAGGCCCAGUUCUACAAAGGGUUUGCAGACACGCUGGAGCAAGCGGACGACAUGGCCAUCGACAUUCCUCACAUCUGGCUGUACCUGGCUGAGCUGCUCAGCCCUGUGUUGAAGGAGGGGGGCUUCUCUAUGAAAGAGCUCUUUAGUGAAUUAAGCAAACCCUUGCUUCCUGUGGGAAGAGCUGGGAUCCUUAUAUCUGAAAUACUGCACUUACUAUGCAAACACAUGAGCCAUAGGACUGUAGGUUCUUUAUGGAGGGAAUCUGGCCUCAACUGGACCGACAUUCUUCCAGAGGGAGAGGAUGUCCAGGCCUUCAUCUUACAACAGAAACUCCAGUUUCUUCAGUCAGACAGCUCCAAUCCUGAGGCAGCUCUGCCCGAAAGGAUCUUGUCUCCUGAGGAGAUGAGCCAGCAUCUGGAGAGACUCCUCCUGGAGGAUAUGGCCAGCGAUGAGCAGAUUUUUGACUGGGUGGAGGCAAAUCUAGAUGAAACACAGAUGAGCUCGUCUCCCUUCCUGAGGGCUCUGAUGACAGCUGUGUGUAAGGCAGCAGUGAAAGAUGAUAACACCAAUUGUCGAGUGGACACGGCCAUGAUCCAGAGGAGAUUGCCUGUAUUACUCAAGUACCUUAACUCAGACACUGAGCGACAGCUGCAAGCACUUUAUGCACUUCAGGCGCUGAUCGUUGCCCUCGAUCAGCCUCCAAACCUCCUAAGGAUGUUCUUUGACUGCCUAUAUGAUGAGGACGUCAUCUCGGAGGACGCUUUCUACAAGUGGGAGUCGAGCAAAGACCCGGCCGAGGAGCAGGGCAAAGGCGUGGCCCUGAAGUCCGUCACGGCCUUCUUCACCUGGCUGCGCGAGGCAGAGGAGGAGUCUGAAGAUAAUUGACGAGGGAGCCACCCGCGGACGCGACUUAGUAGAACUGUAUCCUGGCAGCAGAACAAACUUUCAAAAUGGCUGCGUGGGCAGGACGACAUGUUUACGGCUGGAAUUUUUUUCUGCGGUACGGUUCUGAAACAUGCCGCCAUUUUGAGUUUGGAUCCCAACGGUGGAAGCACUAAAUACCUGUAUUAUACAUAGAAAAUAUUUUUUUUUUAAAUUUUAACUUACUUUUCUUUUGUUACUUUUUAAGAAGAGACUUAAAAGAUACAUAGGUUCUGGACUCUUUAAUUUAUUAUUUUUUUAAGGACUGCAAAUAUGAAAGUUAUUUAACAUUUGCAGAUGCUCACAAUGAGAACAAGACGGCAGAAAUAACAAUAUAAUUAAUUAUAAUAACAAAAUAAUAAUUGUGAAAUAAACAGCCUCCCCGGAUUCCACGCUGUUUGGUUUAAAACAGAGUAAAGCAAAAUUAUUUUGGGAUGAAGGGGAAGCAAAGAUUAAAAAAAAAAAAGAAGAGGAGUUGAAUGCACAGGAACUAUUAACAUUGUCCAAGGUCAAAGGUUAUCUUGUAAUAACCAAGAAGUGUCUCCCUGAGCCUUGGCUUGCUCUGCAUUGAUAUGUACAUACGCCUCAUGAGAGGUAGAGGUAUGCAUUCAAGAAGCGAUGCAAGUCCGAACUGUCACAGAAACGUAGACGAACAAACCAGAUUCAUUCAGAUGGAAUGAGCAACUUCAAAAAGCAAAUGGCCAGAGUCGCUGAACAUGACAUGCUUGUAACACUUCAGACCUACAGAGCAGAUUAAAGCUUGUAAAUACAUUAAAGACAAAAAAAGGUAUUUAAAAAAGUG